UGGAAGUACCAACAAUAACUCAAAGGACGACAAUAACAACGGGCCAUGUGAUCAUGACAGAAAGAAAAGUAAGUUCCCCUAUGAAGAUGUUUUAAACUGCCUGCACCUGACCAAAAACAAGGAACAGUUGGUCCGGCCUGCCAGAGACUACAAGAAACCAACAUGGGUCCAUGUCCAAAUGUCAAUUCUGGGUGUGAAAGAGAUUGACCAGACUUUCAUUUCUUUCGUUUGGAUUUAUAUGCUAUGGGAAGAUCCGCAUAUUUAUUGGAAACCACAAAACUUUGGUGGCCUUGAUAAGAUGACUGUUCCUGCUGAUUUGUUGUGGAAGCCAGAUCUCAUGAUUGAAGAGAUGAUAGAGAAGGACAAGGAUGUUCCAAAUCCCUUUAUCACCAUUCACUCGAACGGUUUCGUUCAAUAUGUAAGGGAGCUUAUGGUGGUCAGCUCGUGCAGGAUGCAAGUUUACAAAUUUCCUUUUGAUACUCAGAGCUGCACCUUGUCUCUCAAGUCUAUCAUUUACCCAGAGGAGGAGUUGAAGUUUGAAUUCUUUGAAAACAAUACACUGGUAACAGAAUGGACUCGCAAAAUGAUGAGGAACGAGUCUGAGUGGCUGUUCAUCAGCAUGACAGUCGAGGACAAAUCUGUCCCACGUUUUCAUCAAAACCAAAACGUUGUAAUUUAUACUAUCACCAUGAAGAGGCGGUCUCUCCUCUAUAUUGUCAACUUCCUGGUACCGGUCCUGCUCUUAUUCGGUCUGGACUUGGCCUCCUUCGUGAUCUCUGACAGCGGGGGAGAGAAGCUCAGCUUCGAGGUCACUUUGCUGCUCGCUGUCACUGUGAUGCAGCUUAUUCUCAACGACAUUCUGCCUAGCUCUUCAGACAAAAUACCGCUUAUAGCGGUGUACUGCAUUGGGAUAUUUGGUUUGAUGAUAGUCAGCCUUCUGGAGACGAUUGUGGUGAUGUAUCUGAUUGAGAAAGACUCUGCAUCUAAAGAAAGAAAGGCAGAUAAAAACCGCAGCCUGAGUGAGGACUGUGGAGACAAACAGUGCAACUAUGAUGGAGAUGUGAAGAAAUGGACUCACUGUGCUUGUGUAUGUAAUGUGUCUGAUGAACCGCCAUCUGAACUGCUGUCUGUGGCCAAAGAGGACAAAAGAAGCCAACUGAUGGAGGAGUCCAAUUCCUUGGAGAAGCACCCAGAUGAGCUGAGUGAGGCGGUGAAAGGACCCGCUCUGCUCCUCAGCAGGAAGGAAGGCAGCAAGCCCGACUACUGGACCAGAGUGGCUAAAAAAUUGGACAUCAUUUUCUUUUUCGUCUAUGUCACCGUGUCCGCUCUAUUUUUGGUUGUCCUUUUUUCAGUAUGGACCAAUGCAGAAGAUGAGAAGGGGAUCUCUGCAAGUUCGAUUGGGAACACCUACGGACGCUGGUGGUCGCUCCAGGAUCCUCGGAUUCUCCUCUACCUCGACAGAAACCGUACGGGACGAGAGGACCAGCGCCGGGGGUGGAACCGAUUGACUUCACGAGAUCCAACGAACUCAAAAGGCUUUCAAUACUCGGUGAGAUGUACAGUGUCUAAAUUGUUUAAAGUUAAACAUAAUUAAACUCCAUGACAUUUAUGAGAGGGACUGCUCGAAAGUAGGAUAUUUGGGAUAUCCAUCGUAGCCUGGGUUUACGAUCAGUCUUUGUGUGAUUUGUACUGUGAAACAAAUAUCACAUCAUCGACGGAUGAAAAAAUAGUGUUUUGGUAACACGGGGUGUUUUGGUAACACUUAAAGACUUUGUUUUGGGAGCAAAGCAGGUGUUUUGGUAACACUUAAAGACUUUGUUUUGGGAGCAAAGCAGGUAGGGGGCUUGUACACCCUCCUGAGGGUCCGACUGUGGAUGUCAUGCGAGCAGAAAUGGUGAAAAUAGUCUGUCUAAAUUAAAUAUCUGGACGGAAAUGUUCGGAUUUCCAAAGGGAGGUUUUUUGAGUAAAUUAAAAAUCAAGAACCUAAAGAAUAAAUUACAAGAACAUGAAGAUGGAAUGAAGGGUAACAAAUAAAGUUAAAGUAAAAUACUUAUAGAAAACUGGACACUCACAGAAAGUGUUUAUAAUACUGGGAGGAUUAAGCAGAAUGCCGUGAAAGAAGGCAGUUGGCCUUGGGCAUUAAAGAAAAUAUUAAGGUUGAAGAUGAAUGUAAAGAAAAGAAGGAAAAUAAAUUAUUUCCAAAACCAUGUAAACCCCAGACAUCUCUGUGUCCUUCCAUUGCAGGCCUGAAUGACCUAUCCUCGACUGGGUAUCCUUUCCCUCCCCCGGGGUACAACCCUGGCAAUCCGGCUGGCCCACCUCAACCACGUCCACCGCCACUACAAGCCCCAGCCAUGCAGUCCGUCAACUCCAAGCUCGCCACCCCCAUCAGCCCCAAGUAGAUGGGGACAACAGCGGGAUAAACAAACCCGAUGCCCAAGCAGGUGUUUGGGACACACACCUCGUAAUGCCUUUCUCAACAGACACAGCGCAAGCUACGCAGAAUGCUGGCCGCUCACAAUACCGAGGGAGAGGCAGAAGAGGUUUUCCGAGGCAGAAGAGGAGAAGCAAGACCUUCAUUUGACGAAAGAUGUUUCAAGUGUGGCAGUGUUGAGCAUUGGAUUAUGGAACUGCUCACAGAACACUGGCAGUGGAGGCAGAAGGGGACAGCAAGGACGGGGCCAUCAUUCACAAUCAGACUGACCUACACCAGAUGGGGAGGAAGGGGCCCGAUCGAGCGAGACGGAAAUUCAGCCAGCAGCAUCUAACCAGGGAAGUGACACAUACACACAUCAUGCUAUUGAGUAAUUGGAAAAUGUAGAAGACAUGUCUGUGGUUAAAGAGGGUACAUAUUUGAAAUAUGACAGUGAAACAGCAUUUAAGAAAUGUCCCACACUAACUUUAGCUAUCAUGGGAGUUGAUGUUCCAUUUUUUGGUUGAUUCUGGGGCUACACAUUCUGUGGUAAAAAGGGCAGAUUUGCCUGAUUGCAAAUUUAGUGGUAGAUUUAUUCACUCAAUAGGAGCGGCUGGGGUAACUGUAAAGGAGAAGUUUUUGUAUCACUUCAGAGUAAAGAUAACGGUGAUGAUAGUCAUCCAUUUGCCACAUCAGUCAAAAACAGUUUCCUUUUAUCAUCUGUCUGCCCAAUAAAUUUACUGGGCAGAGAUCUGAUUCUCCGGUUCGGCUUAGACCUAAUUUUUCCACAAAUGAGGGUCUUAAAGUCCGACAGCCAUCUCCUAUGAUGGUUAUAAACUGGCAUUUGAUGAUAAAGAACUGGUGAAUGUGUAUCAAUGGCUGCUGACAUAUCCUGAUUCUCAGGCGUUGUUGCGUUUGACUGAUCAACGUGUUUUUCCAC